AUUCCCGUUUCUUCUUCCCAACGUCAUCACUCAUCCUCGCGCCUCCACGAUGGUUUUGUAGCUUAGCUAGCCUGCGGGUAGAGAAACGUUGAACCGUUCACCUGAGAAGCCGGGAGCUUCCUCGUCCGCUCCGCCGUGUUCACCGCACCGGGAGAUAAACCAGAGACUCGGGGGGAAAGGAGGAGUUUGCUGGAGAAAAGAAGUGUUUAGUCGGGCGUGGUGGCAAGAAAACGGAAUAGUUUUUUUCUUCCCACCCUACAAACUUCAAAGUAGCAUAUACAAUGUCGCUGUCGGUUCCACAGAACGGAAUAAAGGCGGACAACGAACCCAUUAUCGAGCUUUUUGUUAAGGCUGGAAGCGAUGGCGAGAGCAUCGGGAACUGCCCCUUCUCUCAGAGGCUCUUCAUGAUAUUGUGGCUGAAAGGAGUCGUCUUCAAUGUUACUACAGUGGACCUUAAGAGGAAGCCUGCAGACCUCCAGAACCUGGCUCCUGGCACACACCCGCCCUUCAUCACCUUUAACGGUGAGGUCAAAACUGAUGUCAACAAGAUUGAGGAGUUUCUUGAAGAUGUCCUCUGCCCACCCAAGUUUAUUAAACUUGGUGCAAGACACCCCGAGUCAAACACCGCCGGUAUGGACAUCUUUGCCAAGUUUUCCGCAUUCAUCAAGAACUCCAAGCCCGAUGCAAAUGAAGCUCUGGAGCGUGGGCUCCUGAAGACCCUGCAGAAGCUAGAUGAGUAUCUCCGCACCCCGCUUCCGGACGAGAUCGACCACAACAGUAUAGAGGACGUGAAGGUUUCAGGCCGCAAAUUCCUGGACGGAGAUGAGAUGACCCUGGCCGACUGCAACCUGUUGCCUAAGCUCCACAUAGUUAAGGUUGUGGCCAGAAAAUACAGAGGCUUCGACAUCCCCAAAGAAAUGACGGCCAUCUGGAAGUACCUUAACAACGCCUACACACGGGAAGAGUUUAUCAACACCUGCCCCAGUGACAAGGAGAUCGAAAUCGCUUACGCAGAUGUGGCCAAGAGGCUUGUCAAAUAAGCCCUGGUCCUGACCCUUCACCCCUAACCCCGCUUCACUUCCUCUCACUCUGUCGUCCUCAGCGCAGGGACUGAUGUGCUUCUUCGUGUGUUCUUUCCUCCGUUGGUUCUCCUCAACUGUUUCAUCGUGUUCAAGGCUGUGAGAGUGCUGGAGCCUAUCCUGUCUGUCUUGGGCUCAGACGUGGGAUGUGCCCUACAAAGGUCAUUUGUUGCUCUACGAGAAAGGAAGUUGGACUAACCCUAAACUUCUUCCCUCCGGUUCUAUGAAGGUCCCUCGAGUAAAAUCGGCAGAGAUCCCCCGUAUUCAUCUUUUCAUGGUUAACUGUUUUUGUUCUCAAAAGUGCGGAUGGAUGAGUGACAGAAGCCGCCAAACACUCUAUCAGAGCUUAUCCAGAAUGUGCUCCCGCUCAAGUGACCUUCUAGCUGACUCUGCAUGCAGGGAAAUGUCACAAGCUGCUUUAAGUUGAAGUUGGAUAAAAACUGUAGCGUGGGUAAACUAUCACGCGAACACUGAAAAGCUUGUUUUAUUUUGUCUUUUAGCUCAUGAAGACACGUAAACAGUGUUGAAGCUCCAGUGUUUCUGGCUCAAAUAUUUGACAGGGUUAUGCAGAAGCUAAAGGUAGUCCAAACCUGAGCAUCAGUAAGCUUUAGUUUUUUUGUUGAGCUGUUUAUUAAAAAAAAAAAUCAAAAAACUUUUAUUGCAGGUAGAGCUACCUGAUAUUCAAACUCGAUGUCUUGUAGCCGCAGAUGGACUAAAAUGAAGUGGUUUAGCUCAGUGAAACUGAAGGAGAUUCCUGCAGAACUAUGACCUCUCAGGAAGAAUUAAACCUGAGUUCCAUGAAGAUAUCAAACCAUAUGUAGCUUGUUUUAGUCAUGAUGGCCUUUUGUUAUCACCACAUUGCCAAUAUUUUCAUCUAAAAAAGAGUUUUGUCUCUUUAAUGCUGAUUGUAGCUCCACUUCUACAUCUUGAACCAAAAAGGGGCUCAUUAUUCUGGACACUGUGGAUUUACUGGCGCUGACUAGUGAAGGUGAACACCACAUACGUGUUUGAGGGACACGUCCAGGGACCAUGAAGUGCAAACAAUAUUUAUGACUAUAUGAAAACAAAACUGUUUCUAAUUUCUCGUUGGUUCAUAGUCUGACCUGAGGUAGCGAAUAUGUUACUGUAGCUCCAGGAGUGCAUUAGUGCAGAUCAAACAAAAUCUGUCUUCAACAUUGGAAUCUGAUACAAAGGAACUGUAAAUAUUUUUUCUUUCAUUGUUCGGAUUUUCAGUAUGUAAAUUUAAAACCAGUCAUCUAUACUGAGGAGAAAAAAAGAGAGAAAAAAUGGGCCACUUUUUUUUUGCCUGCUUGGAUUUGAACUCCAGCUGAAACGAUUCCUCUUUGCCUUACUUGUUUUUCUCUGCAGGAUGUUUUUUGCAGGACGGAUUAUUUUAGUGAUCAUUUCAUGGCAAUGUUUGGCAUUGUAUGAAGAUGAUGUCCAAGUUAGUUCAUGGCUUUUUUUUAACAAUAAUACUGACUGAAUUAAAAUAAACUUCAUAUCAACACA